CAAAGGCCCGGCUCAGGAGUGAUCCCGAAUCGCCUGUAGUUUCAAGAUCAAGAUCAAGUACCAGAGGAGGACGUACCUCUGAAGCAAUACAAAGCAUCUUGAUUUAAAAGUGGAGUAAUUUGCCAUUGAAUGAUAUGAUUGAAUCUGGUUCUGAUGGCAUAUCCUGAAUUAAUCUGAACAGAAUUUGAAACAAUCUCUGAUUACUUACUUAUUUGUUGAAGGUUGGCACAGCCAAGUAUCACAACAAGAUGCGUACAGUGAAGGUGACUCAGGAUGUGCCUGCCAAUGCCCUUGCCUUGGAUCCUUAUGAUACACAGGUGGUCAUUGCAGGCAGACAUGUUUUCAAGAUCUUUGCCUUGGAGGAAGAUGGUUUGGUUGAGCGAGCUAAUCUGAGGGCUGGGAAACACCUCAACCUCAACUUUUCUUGCAAUGAUGUUGUGUGGAAUCCUUUGGAAGAUGCAGUAUUGGCAACUGCUUCCACCAACGGUGCAGUGGUCACUUGGAAUCUCAACAAAGCCUCACGAUCCAAGCUGGACUGUGUAUUCAAUGAUCACAGCCGUACAGUGCAGAAGGUUAGCUUUCAUCCAUCUGAGGCUCACCUUCUCAUAUCUGGCUCACUUGAUGGAUUCAUGAAGCUGUUUGAUCUUCGGCGGAGGGAGGCCACCCAGACCUACACCAGUAAUGCAGAAAGUGUGAGGGACUUGCAGUUCAACCCACAUCACAGCAUUCACUUUUGUGCUGUCUCUGAGAGUGGCAAUGUGCAGCUGUGGGACAUGCGUCGUCCAGACCGUGUGGAGAAACAGUUCACUGCUCAUGGUGGACCCAUUUUUGCCCUGGACUGGCAUCCAGAAGUCAAAACCUGGAUUGCUACAGCUGGACGGGACAAAACUAUUAAGGUAUGGGAUUUGAAUGAGAACCCAACAGUCUGCAACACCAUUCAGACCAUUGCUUCAGUAGGUCGUGUCAAGUGGAGGCCAAACUGCAGAUACCACAUUGCUAGCUCAGCCUUGUUGUGGGACUGCAGCAUCAAUGUAUGGGAUAUCCGUCGUCCUUACAUCCCACUGGCUGCUUUCAAUGAGCACAAAAACCUUACUACAGGCAUCUGCUGGCGUUCAGAGGCCAAUAGACUACUCUCUGUAGGCAAGGAUUGUACACUGAUUCAUCAUGCCUUCCAAGAUGCUUCUCGUCCCAUGGAGGAGGUCAACCCAAGUGCCCUUGACAUCAGUGUUUUUGGCAAUAUUUCAAAUGCUGCUCGCAACAAGGAUGAGUCAGAACCAGUAGGCAACCUGGCCAAGCUGAUGCCAGUAUUCAGGAGAACUGUUUCCCAUGCUGAGCACAGUGGACAGGUAUUGUCCUCACUGCAAAUGAUGAGUCCUGCUGAUGAUGGGCAAAUCUCUUCCCAUCACAUAGUCCAGUCUGCACAUCAGUACCUCCUGACUGGCCGCUCCCUUGCUGAAAUCUGUGAGCACAAUGCAGGUGUGGCCAAACAGCUCAGCAGGCACCAGGUGGCUCUGACUUGGCAAAUGAUGCAGAUGCUCUAUGUAGGUGUCAGCGGGGGAAGUGACCAUCCCACCACCACCAGGGAUGACCCCUCCCUGCCCCUAGACACCAAUCCUGAUGCUGAACCCAGAACUGCACGCCACUUUUCUGGUGGUGAUGGUGGUGGUGACACAUCAGGGGGUGGAGGCUUCAGUGCAGAAGAGGGUGACACAGAGACAGAUGACACAGAUAAUCAUGACAUGAAGCUGACCAACAUUGCCAGUGGUCUCACCAUCAACCAGGACUUCUUCUUUGGGGAUGGUGAAAUCAGCCAGAUCCCUUUUGAUUAUGAACAUCUUAACAACACUGACACCAGCCAAGACUGGACUCUGCCCAAUGAGGCCUUUGAGCCACGCCAUGACAUCCUUACUCGUUCAGCUAUGCCACCUCAGGAGUUCUCUUCCAAGUGUUUAUCUGGGGAGAUGCAGGACAGUGGUAGAGGAGAAAGUGGGAGAGGUGGUGGAGUGUCAGGGUAUGUGGUAGAAGCUCCAUCCCUGCUGAAUGUGAUGAGAGGAGUGAAGAUGCCAGCUUGGGACUGUGGCCAGUUGGUGGUGGAAAUGCUGUAUCAUUAUGCCAGUCAAGGAGAUGUGCAGAUGUCUGUCACCUGUAUCAUUGUUCUUGGAGACAGGCUCAAGGGACUCCUUGAUGCUGACCAGGUGGAACACUGGUUUCUCUCCUACAUCGAUCUGUUGCAGCGAUUCCAGCUAUGGAAUGUUGCCAAUCAAGUUAUUCAGCUUGCUGCUGGGCUACCAUCAGUGCAACAACUCAACCAGCAAUCUACUGUAGUCACACUGCAGUGUGGCCGUUGCAAUUACAGUUUGGGCAAGAACAGCUUGUUGUGCCGUAAGUGUGGAUGUGUAUCAGCCCGCUGUGCCCUGUGCCAUGGUCUGGUGCGUGGACUGUUUGUGUGGUGUCAGGGCUGCUCUCAUGGUGGCCACCUCCAUCACAUUAAGGAUUGGAUGGCUAGUAACCGGGCAUGUCCAGCUGGCUGUGGUCACCUCUGUGAAUACACAUAGUGAAGCCUCAUUUGAUAACUUUAUCUUUCUUUUACAAGCUUCAGCAUUUAGGGCUCUCCCUACCAGUUUAAAUCACAUGAUGGGACUUUUUUUUUCAAAUACUAUCUCUCAGGGA